ACGUGGAAUGUCACAUGAUGCAAAGGUUUGUCAAGGAAAUACGUGAAAACAGAUAGCUUCACUAUUUACAAUGUUUACUUUACAUCACGACGUUUAUCCUUUAUUCAAAUUAGUCUUUUUGUGUCUAUACAUCAGCCACACAUAUGCGGGUAAAAUGAAGAUUGUCGAAGAGCCAAACACAUUCGGGUUGAACAAUCCUUUUUUGUCUCAAGGAAGCAGACUACAACCCAAAGUGGAUCCAUCGCCAGUAUCUGGCCCUGUACAUCUUCAUCAUCUCUCUGGGAGGUGUUUUAGUCUUAUAGAGUCUAUGUAUAAAUAUGAAUUCUGUCCAUUCCACAAUAUUACUCAACAUGAACAGUCAUUCAGAUGGAACGCCUACAGUGGGAUAUUAGGGAUCUGGCAUGAGUGGGAAAUAGUAAACAACACUUUCACUGGCAUGUGGAUGAGAGAUGGGGAUACUUGUGGAACCAGAAACCGAGAAACAAAGGUGAUUUUGGUUUGUGGCUCAAGCAGUAAGCUUUCUCAGGUGUCAGAACCCAGCACCUGUCUGUACUCAAUAACCUUUGAGACACCACUUGUUUGCCAUCCACACUCUCUUCUAGUGUACCCAACCUUGAGCGAGAAGCUGCAAAAGGAAUGGGAUGAAGCUGAGCAGGUUCUCUAUGAGGGUCUGGUUACAGAGCAGGGGUACAAAGGUCUUUUGAAAGACAUUUUUGAGGAGGCCGGACUUCUGAAGAGCCAUGAAGUGAAAGCCAGUCUGCCAAAGGCUAAAGCCGAUCCAGAAAGUCCCAACUCUUUACAGAAGUGUAAGGAGGACUAUGAAAAACAGAGUGAAGAGCUGGAGAGGUUGCGUGCUCUCCUCACUCAGCAUAACAUUCCCUUUGAUUCUCAGCAAGAGGAAGACAAAGACACAACUGUGACCGUUAGGAGCGAACACCUGAGAGGAGACACUGGCCUCAUUGACAUGCACUGAAACAGUGAUUUUUAUUAACUGUCAACUCUAUUUAAACUUUUUAUUUCUUUUUGCAAAGCUUAUCUAUAGUUUUGAUCAAUUGUGGUGACGGACUACUCUGGUUUCGAACUACGCAUUAUGAGAAAUAAAAAUGGUUUAAAGGUCAUAACUUUUCCUAAUUCUGUAAAAAUGUGAAUUACAAAAAAAACUGCUAGAGGCUUUUCAGUUGUGAAUUCAUCAUGUGAGCAUUCUUUUUAUGUUGUUACCAGAGAUAUGAGCUGCAGUCGUUUCUUGUUGGGAAAUCCCUUUUAGUUCACUGUAUGAAAAAAUAAAAGCACCGUUGCACUGUCCUCAAGACAACACGUUAAUGCAUGUGAUGAAAGGUUUGCAUGAAUAUUUGUAUGCUACUCACUAAUCCACCCAUUUGUUUUCUUCAACAUGUUUGAAAGGAUAACCUUUUCCAUGUUUUUUCCCAACUGAAAUCAUCACCAGGAGAAAAAAUACAAAUAAAUGUUGACGGUAAAAUUAAA